AUGAAUCCCUAUGCAACAGAGCCAGACGAUAUCCCACCGUCUGACCCAUAUGCGGAUAUUCCGCUUUAUGGACGGUACCAUUGCAAACAAAAUGACUUCCGCAUCAACCUUCAGCAUGUCAAUUCCCAGUCCAACGAAGCGUUGAAUUAUUGGGCGUCGGUCAUUGACCUUUGUGACCAAACCGCUAGAAUUUAUCCCGCCGAUGACGGUGGUCGCGACGUUUUUGCACUUGGAAGCAUCAUCGUCAAGUCAAGCCAUCUGCAUAAGCAGCGGAGCACCACCCAUGGGGAUAUUGACUUCUCGUACGCCGAUGCCAAUGAAAUCCAAGCGAUUGCCAUCGCGAAGAGCUCCUUGGAAGGGGUUAAAGUGCCCGAAAUAUACUUUGCUGGAAAGAUCAAUGGCCGCCAGGUUCUGAUCCAGGAAAGACUCCCCGGCGUUUCGUUAGCCGUCGCAUGGCCGUAUCUUUCGCAAGCCCAGAUGGAGUCUUUCAAAGAUCAAGCACGCGGUAUACUACGACAAAUGCAUUCCAUCAAGCCUACCAACAGAUGCCAAUUCCGCUCCUACGUAGUGCCUGACCCCAACAUUCGCAGCAAUGGUCGCAUUCAACCACUCGAGUGCGAUAUUCUUUUCUCGGAUAACAAUACCGAUCCAGACAUGAGCUUCAUGCACAAUGACUUGACUGAUUCGAACGUUAUCGUUAAUGAUGACAAGAUUGUGGGGCUCAUAGAUUGGGAAAUGGCCGGCUUUUUUGGCUGGAAAAGGGCUGGGGAUGUUCAUCGCAGACUUAGGCCACAUGAUGGUUCUUUUUGGAUGGACCUCUAUGAACCUGAUAAACUUGAUCCUUGA